ACACACACACACACACACAGUUUGAAAGGUAUGAACGGCGAGGUUCUAGUAAAUGGGAAAGUUCGAGUAGCUCACAGUGAAAAAUGGAAAAGAACGUCGUGUUAUAUACAACAGGAUUGCUUAGUAAGAGGAAGAAUAACAGUUGGAGAAGCUAUGACCAUAACAGCUCACUUGAAGUUGGGCAAUAACAUAAGUUCGGCUUACAAACAUACACAGGUAUUGAAUCUUUUGGAAAUAUUGGGUCUGAGUUAUUGUUACGACACUCUAUGUGGAAGGUUAUCCGGUGGUCAAAAGAAACGAUUGGAUAUUGCAUUAGAGUUACUCAGCAAUCCGUCAAUAAUAUUUCUUGAUGAACCAACUACCGGUUUAGAUUCAAUGUCCUGUAGCCAAUGCAUAGCAUUGUUGAAAAGAUUGGCAAGAACGGAAAAACGUACGAUAAUUUGUACGAUACAUCAACCGAGUGCAUUAAUUUUCGAAAUGUUCGAUGCACUUUACGCUUUGGCAAAUGGUCAUUGUAUAUACAAGGGCCCAAUUCAUUCCCUGUUACCACAUUUGACAUCAAUCGGUAUCAAUUGUCCAGCUUAUCACAAUCCAGCAGAUUUUUUAAUCGAAGUUGCAAUCGGUGAUUAUGGUAUAUCGGUUGAUAAAUUAACAGCUGCUGUUGAAAGUAGAUGGGACAAGGGAACAACCACGCAGAUUGCACCUAAAAUAAUCAAAGAUACUUCCAAAGAUGAUAUCAUUAUGGAGCAAACACCUGCUACGAGUUUUUUAACACAAUGUUAUCUUCUUUAUAAAAGACAAUUAAUAAGCUUGAAAAGAGAUUACACGCUUUUGAUGAUACGGUUACUUUGUCAUUUGCUCAUUGGUGUUAUAUUUGGAUACCUUUAUAUGGGAAGUGGUUAUCGCGCUAAUGGUGUUCUUGCUAAUUACGUUUACUUGUACGGUUCCUUACUUUUAAUCGUUUAUACUGGAAAAAUGGCGGUUACUCUUGCCUUCCCCCUGGAAAUGAAAAUUCUUUCUAGGGAACAUUUCAAUCAGUGGUACAAACUGGCACCCUAUUACAUCAGUAUGCUACUCAUUGAAAUACCAUUCCAAGCUGCCUGUGCUGGAACUUAUCUGACUAUAAGUUAUUGGUUAACAGGACAACCCAUAGAAACUUAUCGUAUUAUAUUUUUUAUGGUAGUCAGCAUAUCUGCGACAUUGACAGCACAAGCAUGGGGAUUUUUCAUUGGCGCGACUACGCCAGUUAAGAUUGCUGUCUUCGUAGGGCCCAUUCUCGCAGUACUAUUUUCCGUUUUUGGAUUUUGCGUUACGUACAUGGAUACCCCUCAUGUAUUUCGUUGGAUAUUUCACAUAUCCUACUUUCGUGCCAGUUUUCAUAGUCUCAUUUAUACAGUUUACGGAUUCGACAGAAUGGAUUUAGUUUGCGAUGAUUUUUAUUGUCAUUAUAAGAAACCAAUGAAAUUUUUAAAAGAAUUGGAAAUCAACGAUACAAAUGUGAUCAAUAAUUUGAUAUUGAUCAUUGGCAUCGGUAUACUUAUGCACUUGCUCACAGCUAGCGCGCUUUGGUGCAAACUUAAUAGAAGAUAGGACUCAACGUUGUACAUUACCAAGAAAUAUUUCAGUAUUGUUAUUGAGUACUAUUUAAAAAUCGGCGAAUUUCGUAUCUUUAUAUUGCCUUUAGCCGCUUGCUAAAAAAAAGAAAAAACAAAUUUGUUAGAAUUUAAUAUUAAACAUGCGUAUACUACAAGUAUACUUGUUAAUUUAUACUUACUUGUUAUAAACUGUAUUUAUUCAUUCGCAAUGCAAUGUAUACGCAUUAUGUUUGUUUUUUUUUUUGUUACGAUAACGCCAAACUCGGAUAUCUAAUACUGCGUUGAAAAUAUAUCUAAAUUAAUGUCACAUGCAUUUAAAACGUUAGGCACUUUUAUCAUUUCUUUUUUUUUUUUUUUCUUUCUCAUUGUCAUCGUUCAAUUUCUAUUUUCUACAAAUAACAUUCUUACAUUUAUUACAAAGGAAUUAAUUAUUUCUAUCUUUUAUAUAUAUUUAUUAUUUUAUCGAUCAAAUUAUAUAUUCGCGCGUGUAUAAUUUAUUGUAAUUUAUCUUUUUAAAAAAAAAGAAAAAAAAAUCUACUGAAAAAAAAAAAACAAAAAGAAAAACUAUCAAAAUUCUUUUCAAUCGUAUUUCUUCUUUUUUUUGAUAUUUUUUGUUGUUGUUGUUGUUCCGCGACGCACAGAAAUAUCUUCGAUUGAAAAAUCACGAAAAACAACGGAUACGCAUUUACAAUUUACUCAUACGUACAUAAAAUAAUAAACAUUAUCGUAUUAUUAUUGUGAUCACAUAUUAUUAUUAUUAUAUUAUCGUAAAUGAAAAAUAAUUUUCUCUUUUUUUGAUAUGAUUUACGGGUCUCAUCGUAUCAAAAUAAUCCCUUGAUUUUCGAUAUAACUUCGUUGUAUCUUUGUAAAUAAAAUGAAAAACCAAAAAAAAAGAUUGAAGAUGAUAAUGAUGUACAUAAUAAUAAUACUACCUGCGCAUAUUAUUUUAAUAUUUACUUGUAAAUAAGAUUUUUAAAGUACAUACAUAUAGAUUAAACAAAAUUAUAUGACGGAA